UUGUUGUUAAUCAAGGCGGACGAUGGAUGGAUGGACGGAUGUUUCAGCACACAAUUUGAUAUCUUAAAAAACACACAGUACCAAUGGAGACUCCGGCGAAGAUUCAAAGAAGUUCUCGCUCUUAAUGCGAGAUUCAUUGACAAUGGUACACUUAAAUGUGACCAACCUCACAGCUUGAUUUAUGGGAAUCGAUAUAUUCAAUCUUUUGCUUCUCCUCUAUUACUUUGUUGGGAACCACUGGUCCCAUACGAGGAAGAUUUUGAAGCACCGCGUGGGGCGCGGCCUGAUCAGAAAAUGAAAGGUGCACCGUUUGUGUUUUUAAGGCAGUUAACCAUUCUUUGGAAACAUCGAGCUGUUGGGCAUCGGUCCACGGUCUCUUUAUCGAAAUUUGUUAAGAUAUGAUAAACAGAAAUACGGGCCAAGACGUCAUUCGGAUAGUGACAUCGUAGAGGACUAUCACGAAAUCAUAACUUAAAAGCAUUUACAUGCCAUAUUUUCGCAAUUUGUGAUGAUUUUGAUUUGAUUCAUUGAGGAUUAAUAUCGCUCCCUGUAUUAUUUGUCACAGUUAGCGACAUUCCGGUCCGACAUUAGAGCGACCAAAUUUCAAAACGGAUUUCUAGGUUACAAAAAAUGUGGCAUUCAAUGUCAGGGCUCUAAUUCUGGAAAGACGACUAUGAAAGCCACGGAUUAGAUUCGAAAUACUCCAAGUAAUGAUAAGGAUGUUAGCCAGGAUUUACUGAUUUGAAUACUGAAAUAUUUCAAGUGUUCACUACUGAAGGGAAAAUGUUGUUGCGCCUGGCUUCUUUCAUUGUGUUCUUAUCCAGUGCACGGUUUUGCCUGGGAUUGGUAGAUCUUGUCCUACCCGGUACUGACUUUAUCCCAGAUUCUGCAAAUAAGAUUGCGUACAAGAACAUACCAACGGUAUUAAAAUUUACAUUGAAGAUUCAAAAUGACGGGGGCACUCCUGUUACAGCAAAUUCUGGGAAAAAGCUCUAUGCCGUCGGGUUUUAUUUCACGUAUUUCGACGUCUCUGGAGCCGAUCUUACGUCGACAACGUUUAGUCAAUUGACCCCUUCUGGCACUGUCGCAUUAGACUUCGGCCUCAAUACUAACGACAAAUCUGCAGCACUAACCUUCGAGACAUCAGCGACUCUUCCAGUUGCAAACUGCGGCAGCUUCAGAUAUCUGUGCGCCUGCGUCGAAGAUGGACCGGAUGCAGCCUCACCUGAUGAUCCUACCACCAAUAACUGUGCAUGCAAGGAGGCCAAGAUAUCAGCCUUGAUAUCUUGUGCCUUAGUUCCGGCGGACAUCCAGGUCACGAGCUUCACGGCAGAUGCUUCCAAUAAGGUUGCAUACCAAGGCAACCCAACUACACUGAAAUUUAGCCUCGCGAUAAAAAAUGGCGACGCCAAUAACGCCAUUGGAGCAGUUGCUGCGGGAGAGAAGAACUACAACGUACUCUUUUAUUUUGCGUCAACCCCGACGACUCCCACAAAUAUCGCGACUGCAACGAGAAAAAAGCAAAUGACCAAUACUGGCACUUCUCCUGCGCUCGAUUUCGGUCUAUCAGCGGGUGCUUCGUCUGCCUCACUACUAACGUUCGAGACAUCAGGAACUCUCCCUACCACAGACUGCAUCGACUACAACCGCUUCUGUGCCUGCGUGGAGGUCGGGCCCCAAGCUGCUUAUACAGACUCCACCACCACCAAUAACUGUGACUGCAUUGUGGCAUUGAAGAAAACAGCGACAAAAGUAUACCUUAUAUCAUGCAAACCUGAUCUCGAUCUCACGGACGCAGAUGUGACACCCGAUUCUUCGAACCCCGUUGCCCUGAUGGGCACUCCAGUGACACUGAAGUUUACCGUCAAAAUAACAAAUAGCAUAGUUAACACGCUAGAUGCAGGCACCAUUGAAAAACUCGAUGCAGGGAAGAAGAACUACGCCCUCGCCUUCUAUUUUUCGAGCGCGAAUCAGGACGAUAUUACCACAGCGUCUGGAGUAAAGAUAUCAAAAAUGAUCAAUACGGGCACUUCCCCAGGGUUAGAUUUUGGUAUGGAGCCGGGUAUCCUAUCUUCCCCCAUGACUUUCGAGGCAAUAGCAACCCUUCCGAUCACCGACUGCAAAGACUACACAUUCUUCUGUGCCUGCGUUUCGCCCGGACCUGAUGCGCUGUACGAGGACUUUGACAACCGCCCUCAGGACUGCGGAUGUACAGCUGUGGGGACAAAGAUAUCCUGUGCCGAUAUCAAACCAAAGACCUUCACGGCUAUUUCGACUAAUCCGAUUGCUCUGAAGAAUAUAGAAGUGGCUUUAAAGUUCUCCCUCCAGAUUGAGAAUGUCGGUGCAGCGCCAGGUGAUAUAGCCGGUGUGGCGCCGGGGUUGCGGAACUACGACGCUGCAUUCUAUUUUGCGUUGGGCGAUCUCGAAACUGCAACAACUGCUGGGAAGGUAGCUCUCACUAACACAUUGGAACCAACUAAUUUGAACUUUACCUUAGGAGUCGGAACAACGUCUACCGAAACGUUGACCUUCGAAGCCAAGGGCACAUUACAGUCUGCAAACUGCAACAACUACAAAUGGCUGUGUGUUUGCAUUAGUAAAGGAGCUGCUGCGAACUACGGUGACGACACUUCGAACAAUUGCGCUUGCAAAGAAUCUCUCAUACCACCAUCGAUGUCUCUGAUAUCCUGUUCUUCAGAUAUAAAGGCCAAGGCAUUCGAUCCCAAAGGGGCCGCAGCAACCUAUCCCAUCUUCAUCAAGAACACAGCGACAGACCUUACCAAUUUCAACUUCGAUAUAGAGAACGCUGCAUCCGCUGGACUUGGGAAUAAUAUCAGGGCGGUUACUACAGGAGAUAACUUUGCCGUUGACGUGUACUUGGCCACUGCCAAUCUCGGUACAACUCCAGUUGGAAGCACAGCGUAUGCAGCGACAGCCAAUCUGGCCACAGAUCUCCAGGUCGGGCUAAACGCAGGUGCCGCCACAGGGAAUAAGGUCUUCACGGCCACUGGCAUUACUCUUCCAGCAACAAAUUGCAACCUGUACACGUGGCUGUGUGCCUGCGUGAAGAAGGGAGACGCAGCCCAGUACGUUGAUGAUGAUUCAUCCAACAAUUGUAAAUGCACAGACGCUUCAGCAAAUACUGUUUGUGGGCCUGACAUCGUUCCAACCACCCUGGCUGUGCCCGCAACACCUUCGAUGAUUAUUCAAGAAAAAACUUUUACUCUUACUGGUAUCACGGUGAAAAUCAAGAACCAGGCGACAGGGACAGGAAACGACAUCCAGCCGGUGGCUGCAGCGAAAUUCAACUACGCCGUGGAGGUCUACUUGGCACAAGUUGAUUUGAAGACCACGUAUUCUGGUACAAAGACCACUCUAAUCACACCCACCAAAGAUGCAGGAGACCUCUUUGUUGGCCUUGCUGCUGGCUCUACAACCGCAGGAGCUAACACACUGACCUUCACAGCCUCAAAUGUAAAACUACCAAAGACUGGUUGCAGCCUGUACAAGUAUAUCUGUCUUUGUAUAAAAGAGGGAGCUGACGCCCAAUAUGUCGACAGCGACGCCACCAAUAACUGCGAAUGUGAGGAUGCUUCGAGUCGGAUGAGAUGCCAUCCAGACGUUGAAGUGACUUCGUUUACCGUAGCCUCCGAUGCCGUCUUCACACACACCGACCCAUCACUGAAUGUCGAAUUCUCCGUUGCAUUUAAAAAUAAAGGAACAACAUCGACAGAGGACAUAGUUGCAUUAACUGCGACGCCGGAUGAAAACUUUCAUCUGAAAUUCACACAGUCUAACAUCAAUACUAUGGCCCCUGGUGGAUGCCCGAAUCCUCUCUCGACACCCGAGUUUGCGUCAAGUACCGAAGUAAUACUCGAUAGUCCCAACGAAGUUUAUAAUGGUCUGUUGUUUGGUAACUCGCUGACUAUGAAAGGAAAACUUGCCAUUGCAUUAAACAGCACCAACUGCGGAAAUCUUAUUUAUCUGUGCGCCAAUGUCGAACCGAAAGAUAAAUCGCCUCCAAUAGAUAGUGCUCCUUACACGGACAAUGACCUCAACAACAACUGUAUGUGCACGGACAUAAAGUCCUACAUCUCCUGCAACCCAGAUCUGGAAGUGACCACCUUUACGACUGUACCCGACGCCAGUAGUCCUAUGAAAGGGACGUUAGGUUUAUCCGGACAAACCUUCACUGUGAUAUUAGCAAAUGCUGGGACGGCUAAUGACCGUAACAACAUCCGAGCGGCGACUGGAACAAAUUAUAAUUUCGCCUUUACUGGAUAUUACGCUACCUCGGCUACACCUACCAACAACCCGCCAGCGACAGCGACAGGGAUCAACGCCUACCGGUUCACCAUCAAUCUCGCAACAAGUGACCUACAGCGUGGAAUUGAUGCGUUAACGAGUUCUACAUUUAUCGGAACCAUCGACUACCCUGCUCUAUCCUCAGCGGACUGCCAGAUGGCUUUGUACGCCUGCAUCUUUGUAUCACCCGAUAACCGUGCCAACGGUGGAACAUUCGUGGACCAUGAUGCUACGAACAACUACAAAUGUCUGCAGCUUAUCCUUAUGUGCGAUCCAGAUAUACAUGGCGCAUCAUUUACCCCGCCCGCCGGUGCUGCAUAUCCCGACUUCAUCGUAAACAAAGCAACAGAUCUCACAAACUUUACAUUUAGUAUACAGAACGCUGCAACGGGGGCAAAGAAUGACAUAUUAGCGUCAACAACUGGUGACAACUUUGCUGUAGAUGUGUAUUUUGCCAAGGCUAAUCUUGUUACAACACCACAAGGAACAAAAUCAACAGCUUUCGUAGCGACUGCUGGAGCUUUAGAUCUGAAGGUGGCUUUAGCUGCUGGUGCUACAUCCCUGGAUAACAAACUCUUCACGGCCAAUGGCAUUACGCUGCCAACAACAGACUGCAACCUGUUUACGUGGCUGUGUGCUUGUGUAAAGCAGGGGACUGGUGCCCACUACGUUGAUGCUGAUACAAACAACAACUGCGACUGCCAGGAUGCCAAGGCUAAGAUAUCGUGCUUUCCUGAUAUUAUACCGACCAGCCUCUCCUUAGUCUCUGUGACCGCCCCAAGCCCACUGAUUUUUUUCGAAGAUGUUCAAGUUACUUUGGUAGCUCUUAAGGCAAAUAUAGAGAACCAGGCCACAGGGAUAGGCAACAAUAUACCUGCUUCUGCUGGUGACAACUAUGCAAUUGAUGUAUACUUCGCCAAGGCGAGUGCGAAAACUACUCCGACAGGUUCCACCGCUUACACUGCUUUGGCGACGGCUGGAGACCUAAAAAAGGCGCUUGCUGUUGGGGCUUCUGAAUCGUUUAACUUAACCGUCAAUAAUAUGAAACUUCCAAGCACCGACUGCGUCCAAUACACGUGGCUUUGUGUCUGUGUGAAGGAAGGUGCAGGUGCCAACUUCAAAGACAGUGUCACUACUAAUAACUGCGAUUGUUUGGAUAUAUCGCCUAUGAUAUACUGCAAACCAGAUGUUGAAGUGACUUCGUUUACGUUUGAUUCAAACGCUGUCUUCCCACACACCGUCAAGUCAGACGUCGAGUUCUCCGUGGUCAUCACUAAUAAAGGAACAAUAGCGGGACAAACCAUAACACCAACCACACCAGCAGGAGAUGCAAAUACGGAUGAAAACUUCCAUGUCAAGUUCACACAGUCGAACGUUGGUGCCCCAGUAGGCUGUACGAACCCUUUGACUGGUCCUCCCGCACAGUUUGAACCACCCACAGAUGUCGUUCUUGAUAGCCCAAAUGAUGCCUAUAACGGAUUAGCCAUCUCUGCAUCACUGAACAUUAAAGGAACUCUGAAUAUCGCAUUAGACAGCACCAAUUGUCUUAUUCUCACUUAUCUGUGUGUUGAGGUCGCUGCGAAGGACAACGGUCCAGCAGGUCUGCCUUACACGGAUAGUGACACCACCAACAACUGUAUUUGCAGAGACUUCAAGGAUUACAUCACGUGCGAUCCGAAAUUGAAGGUGAGCGCGUUCAGUGUUAUCCCUGAUUCUGGCAACCCAAUGAUAGGUACAAACGGGAUGACGGGACAAGCACUGUCGGUCACGCUUGUCAACAUUGGCACUUUUAAUGACCGCAACAACAUCCGAGCGGCGACUGGAAUAAAUUAUAAUUUCGCCUUUACUGGAUACUACGCUACCUCGGCUACACCUACCAACAACCCGCCAGCGACAGCGACAGGGAUCAACGCCUACCGGUUCACCAUCAACCUCGCAACAAGUGACCUACAGAGUGCCCUCGUUGCUAAUGUUACCUCGCCACCUCCAUUGACCCUAACCGGCACCAUCGACUACCCUAAACUAUUACUGGCCGACUGUAUCAACCCUUUGUACGCCUGUAUCCACGUAUCUCCGGAUAAUCGUGCAAAAGGCGGGACAUUCGUGGACAAGGAUACCUCAGAUGAUUACCUCUGUUCGGUGGUCACAGUCACAUGUCGCCCUGAUCCGAAGCCUGACAACCUUCAGCUGUUAACGCCAACCGCAGCAAACAAAAUCAUCCCCGACACUUUGACGGCCAUUGAGUUUUCAGUGGACGUGAGGAAUGAGGCAGCCACAGCACCUAAAAACGACAUCCCUACCGUGACUGGAUCACUGACACAUUUUAUAGUUCACAUCAUGUUUUCUGAUGUGGAUUUGUCCAUUACAUCCCUGGACACGCUCAAUCUUGGCGCCAUAUCGACCGUGUUUCCAAACACUGCAGACAAUCAAGUAAACCUUGUAGCGGGACCUGGAGCUGCAAAAACUCUUGGCGGAACCGUUGGUAAACGGGGAACAGCUCAAGUGACCAUACCAGAAGCGACAUGUGCCAAGGUGAAAUACUUCUGUGCGUUGCUUUAUGCAAGUAAAGAUGCCCGUUAUGUUGAUCUCUCCACGGAAACAAACCCGGGGAAUAUGACCUUGAACACAACAUGCAUACUAAUUACCGAUCGAUUGGAGUGCAACCCAGAUGUUGAUGUUACGGCCCUGACGUUUCCAUCAGGUGGCGUUUUCCCCAUGGCUCCGAUCGAAGCAGACGUGUCCUUCAGCGUAACGUUCAAGAACAUACGGUCUAAAGAUAUUGCAGCAGUAACAACUCCAGAUGAGAAUUUCCACAUCAAGAUCUACCAGUCGGACAGGGAUUUGCGUGCGGUUACGUCGGCUUCUCUCAACCCGCUGGGGGUGACCGUUUUUGAACCAACCACCAAUGUUGAACUCCUAAUUACCGAUGUCGUCAAGUAUGGGCUCAAAGGAGGCCAAUCUCUGACAAUAAGUGGGAAGUUCAAGUUCGGCUUGAACACCACUGAAUGUGCGAAAAUUAACUACUUGUGUAUCGAGAUUGCUCCGACGGGUUCACCUCCGUACGUAGAUGCAGACACAACCAAUAACUAUAUAUGUGCAAACAUUAACGCCAUGAGAACCUGCGAACCAGACAUCGAGGUAGUUGCCUUCUCGAAAUACCCUGACCUGGGAGACCUGGGCCCAAUGAUCGGAACAGCCGGCAUGGCCUCCCAGCCCCUCUCACUCACCCUGCGGAAUAAGGCUGCAGUUACGCCUUCUAACGAUAUAAGGCAGGCGGCGGGGCCUAGUGAUGUCAAUUAUGCAUUGACGGGUUAUUAUUCCAAGACCGAUGCUGCACCCACAGCCGCAAAUACCGCAUUAUAUGGAGCCUUCACAAUCAGUCUGACGGCGUCAGAAUUGAGGAGAGCAAUGCCCGCUGUUGGCACUACUGGUGCUACCACGAUAUUGACUGGCACCAUCACCUACCCUCCACUCUCCAAGGCGAACUGUCUCUCCUUGACUACCCCGCGCGCUUGUAUCUACGUUGCCCUUGAUAACAGAGCAAAUGGUGGAACUUUUGUCGAACAGGAUGCAACUAAAGCGAGCAACUUCAAAUGCUUUCAAAUUAUAAUGACGUGCAGGCCAGAUCCAAAGCCAACGAACCUUGUUAUUCAGGCUGGUACUCCCCUGACGGUCAAUUCAGCAACAACCAUCGAGUAUUCUCUUGAUGUCGAAAACGCGGCAACGGGGGCAAAUAAUGGUGUACCGGGUGUACUGAGUGGCGGGUUCACCAACUUUAAGUUCGAGCUGCAAUUUUGCGAUGUGAACCUUGAAGUACAGCAGACCUGCGGCAGUGGAGUACCCACUGGCCGCUUCAGUUCAUCAAUAAACACUGCUGAGAACCAACGAGCGAUUGCCGCUGGUGCAACAGUAAACUAUGGAAUCACCGGCACCAGAAUAAAUGCAACAGUCAUACUGUCCGAGGCUGCAUGUUCGUCUGUCAAGUUCCUCUGCGCAAUUCUGUCCACAAGUUCAAAUGCCCGUUACAUUGACGCCUCUACCGAAGCCUCUCCAAGCGACUUCAGGCUGAAUACAGCAUGCGCAACUUUUGCCACGACUGGGUCGAAAGUUUGUCAUCCCGAUAUCGAAAUGACUGCAUUAAACGAAGCUAACAAUGCGGUUAUGCUGAUGAAUGUUGAUACGACUCUACAAUUUGAUGUUACCCUGAGAAAUAACGAUGCAAACACAGAUAUUGCUACACAAACGGUCACCACCAACGAAAACUUUCAUCUAAAGUUCGUGUUUUCAAAUUCCGAUUACCGGGUAAGCGGUGAGGCCUCAAACACCGUGACGGGCCCGCCGACCUUUGAGAAUACGGGCGUCGUGGACGUGGUACCAGCAGCUGACGUCCGACUUGGUCUCAACGCUCGACAGAGCCUCACUCUCAAAGGCACUGUCAAGGUUAAAAUUCCAAAUUCUGCUGCGAUUUGCGCUGCUAUUCGAUAUAUUUGUGCGAACUCCAUGCCAAAUGCAACCGAAUACAUAGAGGACAGCACAAGGCUUUUGAAUAACUGGCUAUGUAAGGAUAUCAGGAACCAGGUAUCGUGUGGAAUAGACGUUGAAAUAGUUUCGUUUAGUGACCUCCCCACAGCUUCCGAUCCCCUAGUCGGUCCUAAUGGCAAGACCAUAACCUCCUUUGCUGUAAACGUGAGGAAUAGAGGGACAGGCGGCCAAGGCUUUGAUAUCGCGGCAGUGACAUCACCGAAGAAAAACUUCGCUUUGACAUCAUUCUACAGUGAUAUAGCUCAACCUACCACAGCAGCAAACGAAAUCGGCACAGCGAACAUUAUGACUGUGACCAACGACGCCAAUUUAAGAAUGGCACUGCCCGGGGUUGGUCCAAGCGGAGCUACCACUGCAAUUUCAGGCACCUUGGCCUACUCCGCACUGACUGACGCGGAUUGUCAUAAGGCGAAUUUCAUCUGCAUGAAAAUACUCGAAGUUCCUGGCGAAGCGUCCUACACAGAACCGAAUGACACACUGCCAUCGACUACUGUAGGUCCAAACACGAGAUGUUUAACUCUGGCCGGAGUACGGACUUGUGCACCAGAUCCCUCACCCAAGAAUCUCGCACUUAACACCAAUUUAGCUGUUGAUUCAACUACCCUCGUGGACUUUACCGUGCAGAUUGAAAAUAAAGCCACCGACGCGAAAGACAGCAUACUUGCUGCCACAUCACCAAAUUACAAUUACAAGUUCGAACUUCAGCUUUCCGAUGUUGACAUUGAAAAUGUUGGCCCGCUCAAGGACACGCUCGGUCUUGCCAAGGUCUCCACCACCAUAUCUGAUGCUGAGCUCCGUGCUCUCCUUGCCGGGGGCGGAAGCCAUACGAUUACAACGGGACAGGCACAAAUUACACUAACGGCUGUGAAAUGUCCGAAAGUACAAUAUCUCUGUGCCUUCCUUUCGACAGGAACGGGUGCAGCCUAUGUGGAUUCUAAUCACACUAACAAUAUAGUAUGUGUGGGCAUACUUGCUAAAAAAGGAUGUACACCAGACCCAUCGAUUCUUGACUGGGGUUUAACGGCAACAACACCAUUACCAUUGAUAUACGUCCAAGAUGUCUGGCAAGACCUCACCGUCAAGCUAGACCUAAAGAAUAUUGCGAAUGGAGCACUUUCUAACAUCGCCGCCGCUUCUACUUGGAAUUACAACAUAUUCAUCAAGUUUACAAACAUGGACCUCGCCACCAGUAUCUCCGCCGUGAAUUCCUCCGUUCCAUUCUUCUAUGUACCAGCUGGGGAUUUAAAGGCCAAUCUCGGUAGAGGAGCCACACUGUCACUCGGCGGAAGUGUUCGUCUUGCUAUCGAAAAAGCAAAAUGCCAGGAACUCAACUACCUGUGUGCGAUAAUGCAUCACAAUAGUCUGUUGUACAAUGACAAGGAGACUAAAAACAAUGUGAAAUGCAUUGACGUUACAUUGACUAAAGUAUGUGCGCCAGACGUUGACAUCACUUCCUUCACUGACAACCCGAAAACUCAAUUGAUAAAGGAUAGCACCGCCGGGACGUUCAUCUUUGACAUCGCCUGGAAGAAUAUCGCAGAUCCGUAUCCCGGUAACGACAUACGUACCCCUCCAACCACUCCUGCAAACAGCAAAAACUUUAAAUUCCAAAUGACCUUCUCCGAUGUGAAUAUUGGAUUAGGUGGAGCAGAUACUCUUGCGAUAGCGAAGAUAUCAGUGACAACACAAUACACAGAGAGCCUGAAGGCCAAGACAGGGCUCAUAACCAAGAACAGUGUUACUAUACCUACAGGCGAUAAUUUGGUGAUUCCAGUUGCACACUGUUCAAAAGUCAAGUUCUUGUGCAUCUUCAUAGAAGAGGGAGAUAAUGCACAAUACGCUGAUGCAAAUAAAACCAACAACGUGGAGUGUUUGGAUAUCAAUAUUGCAACUGGGACGGCAGGGAGUAAGAAGAACUGCAGACCUGAAUUUACUAAUCUUGAUGCAAGUGUGGACAUGAAUGAAAAUACGGCUACUGGAGUAUCCAUCUUCACAGUUUCUGCAACCCAAGGAGAUCUUGGUGUGCCCAGUACAUUGACCUUUAGCCUUGAUAGCACAGUACCGGCAGCAGCACCUUUUUUGGUCCAGACGACCGGUGUUGUGACGACAAACCUCGCAGGAGGAGCGGUCUUUGACUACGAGACGACCGCCAAACAAUACAAAUUAUUGAUCAUGGUCAACGACGGCACAGCCGACCCCCUCUACUCGGUUACGAAUACACUGACAGUAAACAUCAAGGACGUCAAUGAAAUCCCGGUGUUCAACCCAGCUACCUAUACCGUCAACCCUGCUAUACCAGAGAACACAGCAACAUCUGUAUAUAAGAUGACCGUAGAUGAUCCGGACAGGCCACAUCAGACUAUGACCUACUCCAUCGAAAUUAAUCCAUCAGUUAACCCAGGGGCUCCAUUUUCAAUUGUGCAGACCGGACUUUACUCCGACGGUGUGAUCAGUCUUACUGGCACCGGAUUUAACUUCGAAGCAGCGAGUACGUAUUCCUUGACCGUCCACGUGACGGACGACGGCACCCCGCCACUAUCUGCCAACCCACUCGGCCUGAUUGUGGUGCCAGGUUCAGACAUACCAGAAAAACCCACUAUCAAAGACCUCCCCAGGACUAUAUCGCUGAGUGAGGAUGUUGCCAACACCUACAACACGCCCAUCUACACUAUCACGGCUACGGAUCCUGACAAGUCAACCACUCUCAAAUAUGACAUCGAUGUGCAACCUUAUGAUGGAAAGAUCAUUAUUGAAGACACAAAUGUGAUCAAAUAUAAGGCCAACCCUGAUUUCGACCAUGAAACUGUCAGUGAAUACACAGUGACAGUUAUCGUAUACGACGGCGACACGGCCCCACAGACUGGUGUACUGACCGUCAAGAUUCUAAACAGCACCUACGGAGACUUGCCGAUCAUUGAUGCGAGCACCUGGCCGGCGGCGGUCAGUGUCCCAGAAGACCAGGCACGUCUAGCUUACGUGUACGAUGUUGUUGCUAAGGAUCCCGAUGGGCGCCCGCUUACUUACAGCCUGGACCAGGUCCCUUACACUAAUCCAGGACAGUUUGCCAUUGACUCAAUGGGAAAGGUCCAUUCCGUGGUCAACCCAAGGCUGGAUUUUGAGACUGUUCCCGUGUACACCUUGAAGAUAAACGUGUGUGCCUAUGCGAUCAAUUGUACCUCAAAGACACUGACCGUGAACGUGGAGGAUAAGAAUGACGAUCCCGUUUGUACGCCCAGUGCUCUUGAGGUCUCAGCCCCAGAGGGCAAUUACGCUCCUGGGAAGUUGUUUACCAUGACAGACCAAGAUGCCGGCGACACUGUGACUUACGCCAAGGUCACAACCACCACACAGCAGGCUCACUUUACAAUCAACACAGCUGGAAUCGUGUCUGUCACCAAUCUCAAUUAUGAAACACUUUACAGCCCUAUCAUUGGAGCAUUUACCGCCACCGAUUCGAAGGGCGCCAAAUGCAACUUUGCUCUAACUGUCAACAUCCUAGAUGUAAAUGAGAACCCUGUGUUUGUCAAGGAGCCGUACAAAGGCACGAUUAACGAGGAUGACCCUACAGACACCAGUAUCCUAACUGUCGAGGCGACCGACACGGACAUUGGAAAUAACGGAGUUCUAUCCUUCGAAGUCCUCGCGGGUGCCAACAAUGUUGAGAAUAACUUCAAGCUGACCAAGAUCGCAGGCGCAGACAAAGCAGUCCUGAAAGUACAGAGUCCGAAAGAUCGGGAGAGCAUGACAAGCAACGUCGUGACCUUUCAAGUCGUUGUUAGAGAUGGUGGAGGGGGUACGGAUACAUCUACUGUGACAGUGACUGUCAACAAUGUCAAUGACAACAAGCCGACCUUCACUCAGGAGCUGUAUAACUUUGAGAUGAUGUACAAUGACACAAAAGGUCACGUGCUUGGUUCUGUGUCAUGCACUGACAAGGAUGUAGCUUUCAACGUACCAAGUUACGGUUGGCUCGAAGACCAGUUGAAGGAUAACUUCAUAGUGGACUCGACCACCGGUGUAGUCGCUUCUGCAAUAACGCCUUUAACACCACACCACGAGUAUGUCCUUCUGGUAGAAUGCAAGGACAACGAUCCAGUAAAACAAGAGACUUCAUUAACACACGUUGUCCGGGUGGACACCUACUAUGGUUGGGAGAUAGUAACCAACUGGACCACAUCCAAACCAAAGACCUUCUACGAUACCAAGGCAAACCUCGACGACUUCCUGGCCGGUGCCAGCAAGCUCUGUGCGCCUGGAUGCGUGGCAAAACUACACAGUAGAACUACGAAUAGUAAAGGGAAUGAGGUCCUGGCCAUCUACUUCUUGAAGGAUGCCUCCACCGAUAGCCUAGGCAACAUCGGUAAGCAGAAAGAGUUCAUCAGUGCCACUGACACCAUUGGGGCGUAUACAACGGACAAGUUAAAGACGCCAGCAAGCUCUGUGACGGCGAGUACAAUCCUGUCGGCUCACGGUGUCACCUCCAUCAUCAGAUACGGAGAUGCACCUAAUAAUUUCAACUGGAUGCUGGAUACGAUCGCAGGUCAAGCGAUUAUCGGAGUGUGCAUGUUCGCGGCACUUGCAGUCCUUCUAGUGACAGUUGUGUGCAUAACCAGAAAGGCGUGCCCACUGAAAAACUAUAAACGUCAAAGACUCGACUCUCCCUCCCGACCUUACCAAAGGAGGCAUAAGGUGGCACCCUCCCCACAGCCCCCGAGAAGAGAACUGACGGCAGAGUCAGUCGAUUCAAUAGCAACUGCCUCACAUGUCAAGUUCGAUACUAGGAGCAACAGGUCGAUUCCGCUGCAAAAAAUGGACAAGUCGAAGGCAUUGAAGGACUCUACUAAUGCUUACAGAUCCCAUCAGCAGGAUAUUGAUCCUCCAAACGAUUUGUACAAGGAAGCAAAUCGGAAGAAUUUAAGCAUGAGAGAGCAAUCACAACUCCGGAAAGCAAAGCUGGACUAUUCUUAGCUGUUUUUUAAUCAAAUAUAGUUUAUGCAAUUUUACCAUCGUGAGACCUGUGGUAAAAUACACCAAAUGCGCAAUUACCGGAGACGCUGCCAAUCUGGCACUGCUUGCAGUGCGCUUAUAUUAUUAUCAGGUAGAGGUAAAUCUCAAAGUAAUUGGAAAAUGUGAUAAAAAACAGGGAAACGAUUGAUGGCUUCUUGGUAAACAGCAUAAAAUAUGUUAACAUUUUGUAGGUUAUAUGAUAAACGCCCAAGCUUAAUCCAAAUAUUUCCACCAUGAGUUGGCACCCUUCCGUACAUGAAUCGCUUUUAGGUAUAGCACAUCAAACAACUGUUAAAAAGCUCUGUCUCGUCAUCAAGAUGGUCUGAAUGAAGUGUACAAAUUGAAAAUCCAGUUUGAUUUACAACCAGUUCGGGGACCAAGGGGGCUGAUCACACUGAGACAAGUGACAUGCAAGCUAGAGCACUACAAAUGUAUAUAUUUGUAAAUUCAAUCCUUCUCAGUGAUGCCGACUGUCAUGCUCGAUUUAUUUAUGUAGAUUAAAAAACACGUUAGGUAAAACCUCCAUUUGUAAGUUAUCUCACAAAUCAAAUAUAUGAGAUAUUCAAACACCAGUACCAGCAUGUACUCAAGAAUCAUUCGAAUCUGUAUUUUGUUGAUAUUCAUUUACAUUUUAUUAAAGGUUACGGUGUUGACAUAAAAACACUGAUUGUAUAUAAGCAAA